AAUUCUCAUCCCAUUGGAGACGGAGUGCCACGGGUAUCGAGAUAAAUUGAUUUUUUUUUGCCUUGUCUAUGUAUAGUCUGUAGACUUUGUACACCAUUUCCUGCAUCUUCUAUUCUGUUUUUUUCUUUCUAAUUAUAUAAAUUGAGGACAGUAACAAAUAAUUUUCUAACUAUUUAAGCUUCCAGGCAAAACAGCUUUUUUGGUCCCGCGACCACCUUCUACCUUCUAUAUGUAAAGUCAUUUUCUUCUUCUUCUUCUUAUGAAUUGAAUCAGAGACGUGGUGGUGGCACUGGCCCACUCGCUGUAUCUUGAGUUUCAUGCAAUUGCAAUUUCACGUGAUUUCAAUCCCUUUCAUUUAUCCAUUCCGAAAUCUAUUCCCGUCACACCAUUUUAUUCGGCAUACAUUAACUCAGUGUUUAUAGAUUCACGCACUCAUACAUUGUGCACAUGUGACACAGAGAGGGGGAGAGAGAGAGAGAGGGAGAAUGGACGGCGGGGAAAGAAGUAAAAGCAUAACAAAACGGCUAGGAUUCAAGAGAAUGGGCUGUUGUGGAGCCAAAUUGGUUCUUGGGUCCACAAGAGGCGACCAUGAAGAAGAGGAAACCCCAUCAAACUCACAAAUUGGGCUCCCACUCGGCCAUUCUCCGGCGGCCUCCGGGAUGAUCUUGGCGGCGGCGUUGGCGAUUGAAUCUGAAAACGAAGAAACAAUUCCGAGUCCAGUUUCUGUAACGGCAGGGCCACCGUUGAAAAUGCCAUUGAUGAAAUUCCUCGAGGAAACAGAAGACUGGGAUGAAGAGACCAAGUACGAGGAAGAAGGGGGCUGUGAUUCACUAUGCUGCGUGUGCAUGGGAAGGGAAAAGGGCGCAGCAUUUAUACCAUGCGGGCAUACAUUUUGCAGUGUGUGUUCAAGGGAGUUAUGGCGGAAUAAACGUGCUUGUCCUCUCUGUAACCGUUACAUUAUUGACAUUCUCGACAUAUAUUGAAAUCAAGAAAAAUUUUAAUUUCUGGGAAUUUAGAUUUGGAAUUGCCUAAUCAAUUUCCUGUGCAAAA